UCGAACCUCCGAGGCGAAACGGCGGCUUCAGCCGACUUCUUCCCUUUCCUCUGCCUCCCCAUGGAUAUGCACUGCAAAGCAGACCCCUUCUCCGCGAUGCACCCAGGGCACGGGGGUGUCAACCAGCUCGGGGGGGUGUUUGUAAACGGCAGGCCCUUACCGGACGUGGUGCGGCAGAGGAUCGUGGAGCUGGCUCACCAGGGCGUGCGGCCUUGCGACAUCUCCCGGCAGUUGCGGGUCAGCCACGGCUGUGUCAGCAAGAUCCUGGGCAGGUAUUACGAGACUGGGAGCAUCAAACCCGGCGUGAUUGGUGGCUCCAAGCCCAAGGUGGCUACCCCCAAAGUCGUGGAUAAAAUCGCAGAGUACAAAAGGCAGAACCCCACCAUGUUCGCCUGGGAGAUCCGUGACCGGCUCCUGGCCGAGGGCAUCUGCGACAACGACACCGUCCCCAGCGUCUCCUCCAUCAACCGGAUCAUCAGAACCAAAGUACAACAGCCUUUCCACCCAACACCGGAUGGGAGCGGAACAGGAGUAACUGCACCUGGACAUACUAUAGUUCCCAGUACAGCUUCCCCUCCUGUCUCCAGUGCCUCCAAUGAUCCAGUGGGCUCCUACUCCAUUAAUGGGAUUCUGGGGAUUCCUCGAUCAAAUGGUGAGAAGAGGAAACGUGAUGAAGAAGUAACAGAAAGCUCGGUCCCCAAUGGCGAUUCCCAGAGCAGUGUGGAUAGUUUGCGGAAGCAUCUUCGUGCCGAUACUUUCACACAACAGCAACUGGAAGCAUUAGAUCGCGUCUUUGAGCGGCCUUCUUACCCUGAUGUCUUUCAGGCAUCAGAGCACAUCAAAUCUGAGCAGGGUAAUGAGUAUUCCCUCCCAGCUCUGACCCCUGGUCUUGAUGAAGUCAAGUCAAGUCUAUCCACCUCUGCUAACCCAGACCUGGGAAACAACGUGUCAGGACCCCAGACAUACCCUGUAGUGACUGGUCGUGACAUGGCGAGCACAACCUUGCCUGGCUACCCACCACAUGUUCCACCAACUGGACAAGGCAGUUACCCAACAUCAACUCUUGCAGGAAUGGUGCCUGGGAGUGAAUUCUCAGGCAAUCCUUACAGCCACCCUCAGUACACAACCUACAAUGAGGCUUGGAGGUUCAGCAAUCCUGCAUUACUAAGUUCCCCUUAUUAUUAUAGUGCCACAUCCCGGGGCUCCGCACUCCCACUGCUGCCGCUGCCUAUGACCGCCACUAACUACCAUGGAAACCACAUGAAACUGCAGGGUGACAGCCUAGGCCUCCAUAUUGUACCUGUCUGA